CUGCAGCAGCGACAGGACGGAGGGGAGAGCCGAGAGGACACCGUGGACCAGGUUUUAGUCCUGGAGGACAGUGGGGGGGUCUGUCUGUGGACCGGCGGAUCACAGGGACACAGAAUCUGGACUCUGGGGAUACGGAGGUCCUGUUCUUUUCACCUCUGAGAGGUUCUCAUGUAUCUGUUACUGGAGGAGUGUUGAACUGUGCUGCUCUGUCACCAAAUGGAUGCCAGCGUGUGAGGAGAAUACUAAUGCCCAGGACCACCGCUUCCCUGUUCGCUGCUGCUGAGGGCCACAGCAGGGCCGAUCAAUCAUACAGGGUGAACCAGGGGGUCUGCAACCUCCCCCCCACCUGCUCCUCGACCUGAGGAGUUUGAUUCAUUGAGCUGGAGCUGAGCUACAGGAACGUGUUUGUCCAGUUUUGGGAGGGGGGGGAAUAWUAAAGAGAAGAGGCCAACAUGGGGAACAGUUUCUCCAACAUCUCUGCCUUCCAGUCGCUCCACAUCGUCAUGCUGGGUUUGGACUCUGCUGGGAAAACCACGGUUCUUUACAGACUCAAAUUYAACGAGUUUGUCAACACGGUCCCCACCAUCGGCUUCAACACGGAGAAGAUCCGGCUGAGCAAYGGCACGGCCAAGGGCAUCAGCUGCCACUUCUGGGACGUGGGGGGCCAGGAGAAGCUCAGGCCUCUGUGGAAGUCCUACAGCCGCUGCACGGACGGGAUCAUUUACGUGGUGGACUCGGUGGACGUGGACCGGCUGGAGGAGGCCAAGACCGAGCUCCACAAAGUCACCAAGUUCGCGGAGAACCAGGGCACCCCGCUGCUGGUCAUCGCCAACAAGCAGGACCUGCCCAGGUCCCUGCCGGUGGCCGACAUCGAGAAGCAGCUGGCUCUGCAGGAGCUCACCCCCUCCACCACCUACCACAUCCAGCCGGCCUGCGCCAUCAUCGGCGAGGGGCUUCACGAGGGCAUGGACAAGCUGUAUGAAAUGAUAGUGAAGAGGAGGAAAUCUCUAAAGCAGAAGAAGAAGCGGUAACAGCAGCUGGUUUCUUCUUUUACUGUGAGGAAUCUGGGUUCUGCYCCCGGACACGGGUUUAUACUCUGCUUUAGUUUUUGUUUUCUUCCGUCCUCUGUUUGGAUUAAAGCUCUCCGACCUGUGAAGCCCUGCUGAACGAUGCUGCUGCACAGACCGCCUCCUCAGCCCAUCGGGGGAAGGGGAGGGCAGGGAUGGUGGGUCAGUAAAACCAAAAAGAGAAAACUAAGGAAACGAAUCCUCAGAGGGAAACAGGCUGGCCUGUUGAUCUGCUGCUUAGACUUUCAAACACUGAAGACUCACGAGGACUUCUGCUCUGGACUCUUUCUUUGCAGCCACAUCUGUGGGAUCACACGGUUAAUUUUGCACAUAGCCGGGGUCACCCCUGCUCGUUCAGUUCCUUCUGACAUCUACAGCAUCACUUCCUGAAUAAUAAGGUGUCGCACAGACUGUUUUUUUUUUUUUUUUGAAGCGUUGAAGUAGCCUUUCCUCUGCAUGGUGGACUGAGGACAGAGUCCACUACUUUUGCACUUUUAUUUGCUAACAGUUGGAAACUACACUGUAUAAAAACAGGUUGUUUAUGUACCAAGAAGCCAAAACUGAAGUAUUUUUUGACUAUUAAAAGAUUUUAAACCUAU